AUUAUAAUAAUGAUCGGUGCUUCUGGACAUGCCUUAGCUCGUUUAGUUUUUGGUCUAACAGAUAUCGCAAACUUAUUCUAUCUAGGUGCUGUAAUUGCAGCAAUCGGUCCAGUAGUCGCACCAGUACUAAGAUCGAUGACAUCAAAAGUUGUACCAAUUUCAGAAAGGGGAAAAGUCUUUUCCUGGUUAUCUGUAUUCGACAAUGCAGUACCAUUAUUUUCCGGAGUACUUUACACCCAAGUGUACAAUGCUUCGAUAAACACUCAUCCUGCUGGAAUAUUUUGGUUAACUAUGAGCACACAGAUUGUGGUAUUUAUCCUAAUACUGUGCGUCCAUCUAAUAUUAGGAGACAAACCUCUUCUAGUUGAAGAAGAAAAAAGCGAAGAAGCCAUUAUUCAGAGGGCCGAUGAGACCUCAAACGAAAAGACUGAUUCAAUAAGAUACUGAAAGUGUAGACGCUUCAACACCUCGAUUAAUUCGAUGGUGGUCAAAAGUCACAGUCGAACCAACAUUGUUCCUGUACAAUUUGGCCUGUAUGACCACAUCUGUGGUCGAAC